UGUACACGAUCACACUUUCUUAAUUUUGGGCGCUGAAUAAUUAAUGCGACUGUUAUAAUGUGUUUUGACAUCUUAGCUCGCACACACAAGAAGUCAUCUUUUAUUGUACGCCAAAGAAAAGAAAAGAAAGAAAUCAUAGUUUUUUUGGGUUGUGUGUGUCUUUUGGUGGAGGAAUGCUUGUCACCUACUCCUUUUAAGUUCCCCCAAAAACACUUUUGUGAGUGAGAGAAAGAAGAAGAAGAAGAAGAAGAAGAAGUAGCAUAAGUGAUGGAUAGACACAAAUGCAAGCUUUGUUCAAGGUCUUUCUCCAAUGGCAGAGCCCUUGGUGGCCACAUGAAGGCUCACCUUGCUACUCUCCCUCUCCCUCCAAAGCCUCACUCUUAUUCCUCUUCCUCUGACUCAGAACAAGAACAAGAACAAGAAUCUCUUAAUUAUGCUUUAAGGGAGAAUCCUAAGAAGAGCUUCAGGGUUGCGGAUCCUGAAGACAGAGAGAGCGAAACAGAGUCUAGAAACCCCACUCGCCAACGAUCCAAGCGCAACCGGAAAUCCACCAUGCCGAAGCUCACACCGCCACCCCACCCCGAACCCGAGCCUCUCAGCUCCGUCUCCGACACCUCCCCCGAAGAAGACGUCGCCAUGUGCCUCAUGAUGCUCUCCCGCGACACGUGGCAGCAACACAAGCACGCCAAUGCAGCUACACCUAAGAGGCGCUGCAGUAGCGGAUCAGAGAUCAAGAAAAAUGUCCGCGGGAACCACCUCUGCCACAAAUGUCACAAAUCCUUUCGAUCUUCUCGCGCGUUCGGAAGCCACAGAAAUGUGUGUUGUCCCCGCGAGGAAGGCCAAAAUAAUUACAACAACAACCGUAGCACUAAGGUUUUCGAAUGUCCGUUCUGUUACAAGGUGUUUGGCUCUGGCCAAGCGCUCGGUGGACACAAGAGAUCUCACCUAAUUCCUUCCUCGUCUUCAACCGUUAACGAUUCUGUUAAGUUGAAACAUAGCUUCAUAGAUCUCAACUUGCCGGCUCCGGCGGAAGACGACGACCUUAGCGUUGUUUCUGAUGCGUAAUUCGAUCUCGAUAUGUUUAAUUGUUCAAUGUUUAGUUGUCUGGUGGUGUUACUGAUAAAGUGGAUUUUUUUUCUUCUUCUUCUUUUUUUUUUUUAAAAGUAGGUGAGAAUAUUUCAUUGUUUAUUAACAGAUCAAAUGCUCUUGAUUCUACAAUGAUAGCUGAGUAUAAGUGAUGUUCUGUGUCUUUUUUUUUUAACUUUUCGACAGGUAGAAGAUAUGACUAGAGUUAUAACUUACAUGGUGAAUUUUAUUGGUUUAUACGCAACUUGGUUCAUCGUACUAUUAGGUUUUAAACGUAGUUUCAAUGCAAAUUUGAGAUUUGGUUGUGGACCAAUAACUCUGGCCUUUUAAGUAGCUGCAAUUCUGUUUUAAUGCUUUUGUUCAGUUUCACCUGUUUCUAACUUGUCCUUACAGCUUGCACUUUUGGUUAGAAUGAAUAAAUAAAUCGCUUCUUUUUC